AUGAACAUUGCUCGAGAAGUUACUACUACGUGGCAAGCCCUCAAGACUAUUCACCCUUUCUUUUUCAACGCCGAGAGCGUUCCAAACGAAGGAGAUAUCGAUCGGGGCUUUUACGGACCUUUGGGAGCACAUGACAGGGACAGACUGGAAAUUGAUAUCAAUCUUAUUGAAAAGUAUUUGACGUCCAACAAUACGAGCCUGGAAAUAAUCAACAUCGAAGACUUUAUCGAAGACGGGACAUAUUUACUGAAUCUUGACAACAGUUUGCAAAAGUUGCUACAUGAGUUUGAGGAUUUGAUUGAAUCAGAUAUCUUACAAGAAACAUCGCCGCCUAUUCUCGAGCCAAAGUCUUUUGCUCGUUUCCCCAAAUUGGCCGCAAUAUGGAAAAUUAUCCAAAUGCCCCAAGAGUCAUCAUCGUAUGACGACACUUCUGACAUCUCGGAUGUGAGCGACAUCGACAUUGGCACUGAGUCAAGCUGGAGCAGAAAACACCUAUCAACACCGCUGGAGCGAGUGGAUAUGUAUAUCCAAUUUCCCAGAGAUCUGGAAAAAAUUGGAGUAUUACGGAGAACGAUAUAUCAGUUCAAGAUGUCCAUCGAGGGGACUGGGUUGGGGUCUGUUACAGGUACCUGGAUAGCAGGGUUCCAACUCCGAGAAUGGGAUUCUGAUGAAUUGGAAGAAAUUUUCAAUGCUCAUGAAUUCGCAUCCACGUGUACUUCUCUCUUCACUCAGAUGGCAGACGACAGAGCGUGCGGAACUCCACACGUAGUCAAACUCGAGUUGUCCGGGUUCAAGGAAGACCAGCUGAAGAUGGAUAUUCGGACAUGUAAAGGUGCAGACUGGGUCUCCGCUAUUUUUACAGUGUUGCUUGGCGAACCUUUAGAAGAGAUAUUCUCUUUUGGCCACAUAUGUUCCCCUACACCGACAGAUAAUGCAAAAGCGGAUGCACUAAACGUUGCUUUCAAUUUGGAAGGCAUGUGGAUCACCAACAGCAACACUGAGAAUGAACAGCAUAGCUUGGCUGGUGAACAACAUUCUUUGGACUACCAUCUCACCCACGAUACCAAGCUCACCCUCAAACAGCGCAGGUUGGUAGGGGUUUUACUCGCAGUAUCUCUGUUCAAGCUCAGCGACAGUCCUUGGAUUCAGCAGCAUCUGUAUCCGGAUUGUAUCUUUGUGCCGUCACCCGCAACUAAACAGUUGAGACGAUGGUUUCCACGGAUCUAUUGCACAUUGGAGCCAAGGCAGGACGCAGGGCUUCAGAGCGACAAAAUCGCUGCCUUUGGCAUUCUAGUCUUGGAAUUGGAAGUUAAUCGUCGAGCGUACUGGGUUGACGACGAUACAAAGCCGUGGAAUGGAAAGAGGUCGAACCGCGAACGUCUAUCACAAAUAUUGUACGUCUGGAAAGAUGAUGUUACUGAUGACUAUCGCCGUAUCGCAGACGCUUGUCUCGAUUUUGACAACCUUGUGGACGAUUUGCACAACUCAGAUAUCGUUACGGAGAGGAAAGAGCUCGCUGUCAUUUACCGUCACAUUCUUGAGCCUUUAUUCAAGUGCAGCAUGAGUAGCUUUGGAGAGCUAAAGCCAAUUUUCGAAGGAAUGCUUGGGGGUAGUCGCCUCCUUGCCCCGCCCAUGAGCAAAUCAUCAGAUAUGACA